UUGCAUCCUUCACUUUACUUUUGCACUCCCACCCCUCCAUGCCCUCGAAAUUGGCGCCACCUCCCUCCCGUGCUCCCCCCUCGCCUGGGCUCUCGACCCAUCCCUGCUCCAACCCUAACCUCAGAUGGCGCUUCCCGCGUGAGAGGACGCUGCUGCGGCAGCAGCGUUGAGGGGGGCUUCGUCGUUGUCAGCGCGACAGAUGUAUAAGCAGGGGGCGGCCGGAGGGGCGGGGCUGGACCGGAAGCGCAUCAGCGACGCGCUCGAUAAGCACCUGGAGAAGGCGGCCGCGUCACCCUCCACGUCGAGAGGCUCGGCGGGUGCCCGAGGCAACCACAACCGCGUCGUAGUGCCGUCCUCCAUCCCCAAGGGCCGCUGCUCCGAAGGGGAGUCUGAAUCUGACAGUGAAGCAUCAGAUGUUAGUGGCUCUGAUGGAGAAGACACCUCAUGGAUUUCAUGGUAUUGCAACCUAAGAGGGAAUGAGUUCUUCUGUGAAGUCGAUGAUGAUUACAUUCAAGAUGACUUCAAUCUUUGUGGGCUUAGCAGUCAAGUUCCAUAUUAUGAUUAUGCUCUUGAUCUCAUUUUAGAUAUUGAGUCUUCCCAUGGUGAUAUUUUCACAGAAGAACAAAAUGAGCUAGUGGAAUCAGCUGCUGAGAUGUUGUAUGGGCUAAUUCAUGCGCGAUACAUUCUGACCAGUAAAGGGUUGGCUGCUAUGCUGGAGAAAUACAAGAACUAUGACUUUGGACGAUGUCCACGGGUUUAUUGCUGUGGCCAACCAUGUCUACCAGUUGGACAAUCGGAUAUUCACCGGUCUAGUACAGUGAAGAUAUACUGUCCUAAGUGCGAAGACAUCUACUAUCCACGGUCUAAAUACCAAGGCAAUAUUGAUGGAGCCUACUUUGGGACAACAUUUCCUCACCUGUUUCUGAUGACGUACGAUCACCUCAAGCCCCAGAAGCCCUCGCAGCGCUAUGUUCCUCGCGUAUUUGGCUUCAAGCUCCACAAGCCAUGAUGCGGAGGUGAAGGAAAAGAUAAGAGGCCCCGGAAGACUACUGUAAGAGUGCAAUCGCCAGAUCAUGCUGCCCACCCAUAUUGUGUGCCCUGUCUGGUCUAUUCAACAUUGAAAUAUUGGUAUAAAAGAAGACAUGAGACGAUGUUGUAACCUAAUUCCAGCUCUACUGGCUAGUAAAUCUGGACCUCUGUUUCCAAAACCAGCAGCUAUCGAGAAAUCAAAGUUAUGGUCGACAAUA